AUGGAUAGUAAGUUUAUAAAUCCACCGAAGUAUCAUAAUGACUAUAGAACAUGGAAGCAGGAAAUCGAGCUGUGGACGAAGGUUACAGGUUUGGCCAAGGCAAAGCAAGGCAUUGCGGUUUGUUUAACGCUUGAUGGCAAAGCAAAAGAAGUUGGAUUAUAGAAUUAGGAGACGAUCUCGGCGGCGAAGACGGACUUGGUCAUUUGUUAAGAAAGCUUGAUACGUUAUUUCUCAAGGCCACUACGGAAAGUGAUUACGAGGCGUAUAAAAAUUUUGAUACUGUUAGAAAAAAACCUAGUACAAGUAUGGCAGAAUACAUUGUGGACUUUGAUUCACUUUACACCAAGAUCAAAAAGAGAGAGAUGGCUUUACCAGAAGCUGUUCUUGCCUUUAAACUAUUGGACGGGGCAGGCUUGACAGAAAAUCAACGACAAUUAGCACUAACUGCUUGUUCUGACCUGAAAUAUGAAAGCAUGAAGUCUACACUAAAAAGAAUUUUUGGUGGUGCAUUGUCAGACAGUGCCAGCGGUGUGACAGGAGAUGAAGCAAUCUCGAUGAAACAAGAAGCAAUGUAUUCAGCAAGCAAUAGAUCCCAAGUUAGAACAUCUCUGAUAAAAGAUAGAUGUAAUCGUAAAACAAAUCCGUUAAACCGAUUUGGUCAACCAACUAGAUGUAGAAUUUGUCAGUCAAUUUUUCACUAUGCUACAAACUGCCCUGACAAAAGUGAGAGAGUUCAUUUAUCAGAGGAUGUACCACCAUCUGAAGAGGGCGUGGAAUCAGUAAAUAUCACAUUGUUGACCCAAAGUGAGAUAUUGAUAGCGGAGUCAUAUGGCACUGCGAUUCUUGAUACAGCUUGCACAAAAACUGUCUGUGGAAAGUCGUGGCUACAGAAAGUGUUAUCAACUCAGAAAAGUCAUAGACCUUUCAAGUUUGGUCAUGGAUCAUUAAUAUACUCUGACAAAGUAGUUACAAUUGCAGCAAAAAUUGGGAAAACAAAUUGCAAAAUAAAAGUGGAGGUGGUACCGAUUGAACUGCCCUUACUGUUAAGCAAAGAGUCGCUAAAACGAGCUGGGGCAGAAUUAGAUAUACCUAAUGAUGAAGCGAUCCUGUUUGGUGAAAAACUAAAACUAGAACUGACUUCAUCUGGUCACUAUUGUGUUAGUAUAAUGGGAAAUCAAAACAAAGAUGAAGUUGAAGAUGUUAUGUAUUCGAAGACAACAUUUCAAGGUAUGAAUGAUGCUGAAAAACGGAAGAAACUCUUAAAACUACAUUAUCAAUUUGGACAUGCCAGUGCAAUGAAACUACUUAUUCAAUUACUUAAAUCAGCAGAUAUUAAGGAUGAACAAUUAUUUAUUAGUACAGGAAGUAGUGGAUGGAUGCGACACAUGUCAGAAGUUCAAGAAAUCUCCUGCAAGACCAGUAGUUGGUUUACCUCGAGCCAGUGA